CGCCCUACAGAUUAUUUUUUAUCCAAGAGUUUCUUGUUGCAAAAGGACGGACUCGUCAGCUGACCACAAGAAGUCUGAUUUUAAACAGUUUCAAGCCCUCGUGUUCAGCAGAUACAUAGUGCUCUCUGCUUGGAGAAGAUCAGGUCAACUGCGCAGAUAUAGCACUGAAAAACUUCGCAAUCGAUCGAUCUGAGGCAGCCUGUUUGCUUAAGGAUGUUCUACCGAAAAAAGUAUCUGAACGCUUCGCUGUGUCUGCUUAUUGGACUCGCAGGAGCCUUCAAGGUUAAUACCAGCAUCCAUGCCCUGGGAGUAUAUGGAUUGCCUGCCGUUUUGAGAUGUACAUAUUCUCCUACAACUGGUACAGUGCUGAACGAUCUGAUUAUCAAUUGGCAGAGGGUUAGAGACAAUGCAGUGGUACACAGCUUCUACGGUGGAACAGACCAGCUGAAUCUUCAGAGCUCUGACUACCAGCAUCGCACAACAUUGUUCUAUAAUGAGCUACUGUCUGGAAACGCCUCCUUGCGGCUGGAUAAUGUCAGCUUGAGAGAUGAAGGCCCCUACUUUUGCUCUGUUAGUAGCAAUCAAGGGGGCGACAAGGCAGAGGUCAAGUUGAAUUUUACAGCUUUCUACACAGAGCCACAACUCUCUAUCCAGAUUCUCCCCAGGAAAGUUAACUUCUCAUACGAAAGUAGGGGGUACCCUAUGCCUGAAGUGCUGUGGACCGAUGCGAAGGGCCACAAAUUCUCCGAUGCUAAAGUGUCCUUCUCCCGAGUGGAGCAAGGUUUGUUCAGCCUGCAUGCAUGCCUGACAGUGGAUUGCUGUGAGCUGAACUACACUUUCACCGUGAAGAACCAGCCCCUGGGUCAAGUCAUACAGAGGCAUGUGGCCUUCAGAAAUGGUGCUGCUGAAUACCUUAAAGCCUGCCCUUUACAGCACCGGAUUUAUAUAGCUUUUGCAAUCAUUCUGUUCUGCUCUGAUCAAUUCACACAAUUGUAGCUCCAUGUCAUGCCCAGUAGUUCUACCCCUCCUGUUCCUUCCCUGGAAUGCCUUAUCUCCCACACCUUUAUUUCUCAUUCCUGCCCUCUUGUCAAGCAUUCCCAGUUGCCUUCUGUUUGCUCCCUCAUUAGUCUGUCUAAAACCCUGUUGUUUUACCCUGUACAGAUAAUAAAGAACCCAGCCCCGUCUGAUUCCACAUCCUUUGUCCCAUUCCACAUGAUACAGGCCUUAAUAUAAAAGUAUUAUGAAGUCUAUAUGCGUUAACAUUGAAUAGAAGUGCUUGGUAUGAUAGCAGGAUCUUAUUGUCUUAUGCUAAGUAUAAUAUGAAGAUAAUAAUAUGCACUUGUUUUGAUUUACUAAUGUGGUUUCAGUCAAUAUGUUCUUACAAUAAAAUCUUGUGAUGGAUCAGG